GUAGGCUGGGAAGGAGGCAGACUGCUCCCGUUGCCUUCCGUUCAUCUGUGCCCCGCCUCUUCACUGUGCCUCGCGCUCCGAUCCGGAGCUGGGCGGGGCUGUUUCCUGAGGCAGGAGACCCCCCCCCCCUCGCAGCAGCGCGGCUGUUCCCUGUACUAGCCUCCCCUCCCCUCCCGCCUCAGGCGGGCUGUUCCCUGAACCAGGCGCUCCCCCUGGCGGGAGGGGCGGGGGCAAGGACUGUCCCGGCCGGCGCUGAUCUUAGGCUUCCAUUGGCCGCUGUCUGCGCUGACGUCACGAUCAUGAUGAGAAUUAAUGAUCGGAGGCGCUGAUUUCAUUGUGUGACGCCGGGACCGACCCAGCCGAAACCGGCUGAAUCCGGAGCCCCCCGGACCAACUCCGCCCGCCCCACAGAGCACGGGCUGGAUCCUGCAUUCCUUGGGCAACCAAAACCUCCAAAUGAAUCUGCGUUCUGUAUUUACUGUAGAACAACAAAGGAUAUUACAGCGUUAUUAUGAAAAUGGAAUGACAAAUCAAAGUAAAAAUUGCUUUCAGCUCAUAUUACAGUGUGCACAAGAAACUAAGCUGGACUUCAGUGUAGUCAGGACUUGGGUUGGCAAUAAAAGAAGAAAGAUGAGCAGCAAGAAUGUUGCAGAAUCUGGAGGCACCCCACCCAGAACUGUUCCUAGCACCCCUACAGUGCCUCCAGAAGUAGCAGUCAGAAAUGUGGUAAACAUUGCUCGAUCCCAAAGCCAGCAGUCUUCUUGGACAUCAUCUAACAAUGAUGUAAUAGUAACUGGUAUAUAUAGCCCAGCUAGUUCAUCCAGCAGGCAGGGAUCCACGAAACAGACCAAUGCUUCAAUGACUGAGAUACAUAAAAACUCUAUUCAGAGACCACCUGGAAAAAGUGAUACAGAAUUUCAGCAGCAGCAUAUCCCUAUAGGACGACAAGCACCACAUUGUAAAGGUGCUUCAUUGCUCCUGGGGGAAAAAACUAUUAUUUUGUCAAGACAAACAAGUGUGUUGAAUUCUGCAAACUCCAUAUACAAUCAUACUAAGAAAAAUUAUGGUGGUUCAUCAGUCCAGACUGCAGAGUUAGUGUUACCUCAAAAGCCAAUAAUAUGCCACAGGCCAUGUAAAGCUGAACCAGUGGGGUGUCAGAGGUUACACAAACCAGAACACACAACCCUUGCAUCACACAUCCCAUCUGUACAAAGAGCUAAUGUUCGAGACCCUUCUUGUAGCACACAAAACUUGGAAAUUCGUGAAGUUUUUUCCUUGGCAGUUACUGAUCAACCUCAAAGAAUUAUGGGAGGAAAUACAACACAGAAGCCUUGUUCAGUCGAAGGCAGUUGCCUGUCCAUUGCAAUGGAAACAGGAGAUGCUGAUGAUGAAUAUGCUAGAGAGGAAGAGCUUGCAUCUAUGGGAGCACAAAUACAAAGUUAUUCAAGAUUUUGUGAAAAUAGCAGUUCCCUUCGAGUGGAGAACCAAAGCACAGCUUUGUCUGGACCAGGCAGAAAUGUGAGCUGCAGUUCACAGAUGGUGAAUGCCAGGGACUUGCCUGACAAUGUAUUAUAUCAUAACAGAGACUACCGCUUGCCUCCACGGACCUCAUUACAUACACCAUCCAGUACACUGUAUAGUAGUGCUAAUCCAUCAAGAAGUAACUUUUCUCCUCAUUUUACAUCUUCAAAUCAACUGAGGCUGUCGCAAAACCAAAACAACUACCAGAUUUCAGGAAACCUUACUGUGCCUUGGAUUACAGGGUGUUCCAGAAAAAGAGCACUACAGGACCGCACGCAGUUUAGUGACCGAGAUUUAGCCACUCUCAAGAAAUACUGGGACAAUGGCAUGACCAGCCUGGGCUCAGUCUGCAGAGAAAAAAUUGAAGCUGUUGCUGCAGAAUUAAAUGUUGACUGUGAAAUAGUGCGGACUUGGAUUGGGAAUCGAAGACGAAAAUAUCGUUUAAUGGGGAUUGAAGUCCCACCCCCUAGAGGAGGCCCUGCUGAUUUCUGUGACCAUCCUGAAUCUGGUGCUAAAUCAGCACUUACUCCAGGAGAGGAAACUGCUACUGAAGUGGGAGAUGAUAAUGAUAGGAAUGAUGAAGUAUCAAUCUGCUUAUCUGAAGGAAGUUCACAAGAAGAAACCAGUGAAGUUAUUCAAAAUGAAGAAAUUGGUCACAAAGAAGAGGACCAGAAUACAUUAUCUGCAGAUAAUGUGAAAAUCGAAAUUAUAGAUGAUGAAGAAAGUGAUAUGAUUAGUAAUUCCGAAGUGGAUCAGAUGAGCUCUCUUUUGGAUUAUAAGAAUGAAGAAGUUAGGUUCAUUGAAAAUGAAUUGGAGAAUCACAAACAGAAAUAUUUUGAACUACAGACAUUCACGAGGAGCUUGAUACUUGCUAUCAAAUCAGAUGAUAAAGAACAGCAGCAGGCACUGCUGUCAGAUUUACCUCCUGAAUUAGAAGAGAUGGAUUUCAAUCACGCAUCUCCAGAGCCUGAUGAUACCUCAUUCAGCUUGUCGUCUUUAUCAGAGAAAAAUGCCUCGGACAGUUUGUGAUCUUUGGAGAAAAAUAAUAUAUAUACGCACACACAAUGCUUAGACUGCCUAACAGGUGUGCAUUUCAAGAUAACUGCAUUUUGUUACCUGAUAUCAGUCAGUCAACAAGAACCUUGGUAAACUAGGCAGACCUUGCUGAAGGGUGAAUGUGAUGUGAUAUGACUGCAACUUGCGGUGACAAGGAAUAUGGAACUUUGUUUUUGGCAAGUGAGAAAGCUACAUGGGGAAAAGUUUUAGUUUUUAGCAUCACAGCCUUGAUUAGGGUCAUUUAUAAUUUUCCAAAAUAAUUCUUGCUUUGUAGCAAAAUUUAUUCUGAGCAGGGAUCCAAGAAUGGAAAAUAAAUGUGCAGUUACACAGCCAGGUAACAUUUCAACGUUGCUUAUCAUGUAAGACUCACCAGUCCUGUUUAUUGUGACCAUCGCCUUUUCCCUUGCUCCUUCUUACUCAGGUAGGUGGACUGAAAAUUGGGAAUCCAGAUGGAAAAAUGAGCUUGUUAUGGGCAAAUGGACAGAGUUGUUCUUGGACCCCUGAAAAAAUCUGAAUUAAAAGAUUGAUCUAAGGUGCUUAUUGGUAUAUAAGUGCAAAUUGUUGAGUCUCCCAUUAUCUCCUAAAAAUGUCUGAAAAACACUUGGAAGACGAAGUGAAUAAAUUUAAUUGGCUUCAAUAAAUUACUAAUGUACAGAAGCAGAUCUAAAUGUUGUAAACCAUUAGGCUUUUACUGGAAACUCUUGAUUGCUGGAGAAGGCAACUGUUUCUGGUAUUAUUACUAUAGUGAUGGGAUUAGAUAAAGUUACACCAAUAUUUAGAGUUUUACCGUCAUAGUGUUUUUUUUUUAUUUCACUUCAUUUUAUAAAACCUGAACAGUAAAGGCUCUGGUUCAUAAAGAUUCAGGAAUCAGCUACAUAGAUUUUCUACAACCAUACUCCAUUUCAUUGCAACAGUGCUGUCAGCCAAGGACAGUCUUCAUCCCGUCUCCCUUCGAAGCUGUUUUAGUGUUGGAAUCUGGGCCCCACAAAUUUCCUCAGAGUGAUUCAAUGACUAAUUAGCCCAAUUUAACACAUUGUGUCAUUCCGCCAGCAGACUCCAGGUGCUGACAAAGAAUAAAUUUAGCUGAAGUUUUUAAACUGCAUGCCUGAUAGCUUUAGCCACUCUCUGCUAACUUAUCCUUUCUCAGCACUCAUUCAUACUAAAUCUCACAUCUCAUUUGAAUAAAUACGUUUACCUUGACAGAUUCAAAUAAGUUCAGGAUGGUACAUAGUAUUGUGGCAUACAGCUAGAACUUGGUCAUUUCUAGUCUGAGUAUUUACAAACCGGCCUCACUAAACCUUAGGUCACACCAGCUUGAGAGCUAAAUUCUUUCACCCUUAUGCUGAAUGGUACCUUAUUCUGUGAGUAGUGCCACUGAGACUGUUUACUGUAUAAUGGGAGUAAGGUUUGAACAAUCUGGUCUUUCUAAAUAAAAACAGUCUUAAGUGUCCAAAAAGAGGAAAAUCCAUGCAGAGUUUGCACCCUCUGUCCAUCUUCUCUCUUAAACUGAAUUCCUGUUCCCAGGUGUUAAAGAAACUGCUGUCAGCACUUUUUCUGAGGGACAAAUGUAUUCUAUCAUAAAUAUGGUGUUAAUGUAUUAACUUCAUUCCAGCCCUAAAUCUGACAGUCAUUUCAACCCCGUACUGUGAGAAACGAUCACUGUACUGUAUUUAAAUAUAUUAUACAUUUAAUUUACAUUACUAUACACCCUAAGAUAAUAGGCGUGAUUUAUUAUAGGUUUUCUGCUCUGGGUUAUUAACUGUACUAUCUCUAGAUAGGAAGAUCCUGCAACUGACAAUAAAACCUCAUGUUUUCAGUAAGCUUUAUUGAAGAAAUUUAAAAUGUGGUGUCUAGCCCUCAUGCUCCACAACUUGGACCUUAAUUCCGUUACUUCUCCUUGACAUGGGAUGGCAAAAGGCAGCAUCUUCUUAAAGCUAAUUCUUAAUUUUGUGGUCUAUGAAUCUUUUUGCAAUUUUACCUUUUACACUAGUAGCCAAUCACUGCCAUUAGUAAUUUUGUAUUGUUCUGACUUGCUUUUUUCCUGACAUGACAUCAAACUAAAUCAGGAAGUUCAGAUUGGAUGAACUGUGCCAAAAAUAGACCUUUACUCAGUAAACUAGAAUCCUGGUUCAUGAUAUACACCUAAAACCCUAGGCUCCACACUCCUUGGGUAGAAUCUGUACUGAGUGUUUCCCUUUGAGCAAAAUAUGCUUUGACUCUUUCUUCAAUAUAGGAUAACAGAGCAUUUAUAAUAAAAUAGUCAUGCUGUCACAUCCAGAAAUGAUCAGCAGCAACGUAGGAUGAUCAAGAAGAAAUAUUGAAUAUGAAGUAUGUUCCUAUGUAAUAAGAUGCUCUAUAGAGCUGUAUUGUACAGUUGUUUGAGUACCUCCGUGCUUCUCCUCUAAAUAACCGUCAUCCAUAAUACCUGCAACAUGAAAAAAACAAAACAAAAAACUCUUAAUGGUGAGUUAUUACCAGUGCUAGUUAAAAAUAUUGAGGAAAUAUAGAUUUACAGGACAGAGGCUGCAGAACAGCAGACUUGCUCUUCUACUGCACAGUAUGGUUAAAAACUUGGAAGAAUAAUUAUCUUUGAAAAUCAUGAAUGGCCAUUUCUGAAUAUUGCAUUCCAGCCAUUCUCUGUCACCACACGUGUCUCACGGCUUCAUGAUUUGAUGUUCUGUUCUCCAGAAAGACAGCUAGAUAUAAUAAUUAAGUUCACAGGGUCAGAUCAGUAAACAUGACAUCAACAAGUCCCCCUAUGUCUCUGUCCAAUUCUUCAUUUGCUGCCCCCUUUCUCUUGUUUAGGCAUCUGGUUGGGGAGCAGUGCUGGUCUAGGAAAGUGCACACACUCUUCAUAUUAAAUGUUUGUGGAUGGUAAGAGUGGAAGGUGCUUCUGCAGUUCUGCGAUCAAACACAGGGCUAUGGUCUUGGCUAAAUUCAGUCCUGACCUCAAUGGGUGCAUCUUCUAUUGACUUAAAUAAUAGGGAAUUGUGACCAUGGAAGAUAGGGCAGAAUUUGGUCCUAUGACCUCAUAUUGUCCAUCCAUACUUCCAGCUAAAUUUGUCAUGAUAGCUAGCUGAUAUGUGUCUAAUGCCCAGAAGAGAACAUCUUGAUGUUUGUCUCCUGAAUGAAUUCUAGGUAUUCUUCAGCUGACAAAAAGCAAUGUUGGCUCUGUUGAUCUUGGACAUUUUUAGGAUUUUGGUUUACAAUUAUUUCCUCUGUUCAAAGGUAGAUAAAGAAAUACAUUAGAUGCUAAAUCAUCUUUCACUGCACUAUAGAUUGCAAGGAGGAUUUAUUUUUCCAUAAAAAAUGGGAGAAAUAAUCACAGCUGGUACUAUUGUACCACAGAGGAAGCAUUAAAAAGCAGCCAUUUCACUUCUUUGGAUCAUAAAGUUAAACAACAGAUACAGCAAGAGUGCCAUGAGUUAAAGAACCGUCCAUCAACCUCCUGCUUGGUCAGUGAGGGAUGACUUCACAGACAUUGUUUAUUCCUGACACAUGUUUUGCAAUGUGGAUUAUAGAAGAGAGUAUCCUACUUGGAGAAAGCCUAACCUGAAAAAAGGCAAUUGAUAACAGACAUGCAUUUUAAACCAGCAAUAAGGUGCUAUCUCCCUGUAGGGAGAAAUGAAAGUAUGUCUCAUGCUCAUCAACUUGCAAUACAUAGGGAAAGUUGUACCUUUGAGGUACUGCUUGUCUUAAUUUCCUGAAAAUGUUUCCUGUAUUGCCUGCAGGGCUAACAGGAGUGAGUAGUAAUGAAUAUUUCUAGUCAGUAAAUUAAGCAAAUAUGGCUUUAAAUUCACAUGGAGAACUGAUCUAUUGAGAAGGUUUUCCUUUUCUUAAGUAGUCACUUUUGAGAUUAGCAUUGGACUUUAAUAUUAAAGUACCUUUUGUGUGACCGAAGUCAGUAUUCAAAUAAGAAAAACAAGAGCUUUGCAGCUCCUUGGAGACAAAGUGGGGAGCAAAAUAAGGAGAUAAACCAAAAAUGUAACGUGCCAUUUUAAAUUUGAAGCAGUUCAUCACCUCUACCCACCAAAUAAAGAGAUAGUAUGGGUGUCAUAUAACAAUGCAGUUAUAUAAUCAGAAUUCUAUGGCAGGAAUAUGUGUGGUGAAAAUCUUAUUGUGGAACUUACUGCUGCAAAGUGGUCACCCAUCUAAUAACAGAACUGUACUAUUGUUACCAUAUUAGUAAGGAUUAACCCUUAAAAACUAGUUGGGUGCACUGCCUUUCCCAUGGGCACUUAGCCAUAGCAGAUUCUCACUUUCGGGAUUCUGAUGGCAUGAGGAAAGAAAAUAAUUAAUACACAUGAAUGGAAAAUUAAGCAGACCAUCUGAAAAAUCAAAAUUUAGUUUACUGAUAACAUUACAACCAAAAGCUUAGUUUACUGUAUUAUACUACCUCCAGUUCCACUGCCCAGAUCUGUCAGCAACAACCCAAUUAUACGAUAGGCUGGCUGGCUUAUAGAGGGUCUGGCAUCUUGGAAGCAUUCUUUCAACUUUAAUAUGAGGUUCUGCUUUCUUUGUCUAAAAAUCCAAGAUUGCAUGAGUUAAUCAGUUAUCAAAUUUCCGAUCAAAGUCAGAAAAUGGCUGGAACAAAAUCUCGGACCAACUACUCAUCAGAAGGCAUCAAUGCCACCUUUUGGCAUCUGAUUUGUCCAGCCAAUUAAUAUUUUACCACACUGGCUGACCAAAUUUUGCAGCCUCAAAAAAGCUAUGGGCAAAAAACUAAAUUAUACCAGAAGACUGGAACAGUCUUUGGCAGAUUGCACUGUACCACAUUUCACCAAAGCAGAAUCCACAGUAUUACUCAAAUCAAAGAGUCUGUUUCCCUGUGAGCAAAAAUGGCUAGCAUUCCGCUUAAAGGAUGCGAGAUAUAUUAAAAAAAAAAAAAAAAAAGAAGAAGAAGUGAUUUAACAAAAAAGCAAAUAUCUAAUCAAGAAAUGUUAAAAGAAUGUUCCUUUAAGGAGAAUGCUUUCUGGUCAUUUCUGUGGUAAUAUGAAGCAUUUUCACUGUAUCACUGAAUUAAGUGAAUAAGUCCUUUAGAAUCCUGUGUUACAUUUUACACAUACUACCUCUGAAACAUAAUACCACCUUAAGACCACAUAAAAAAAUGUGAACUUUUUUUGUUUAACUUUUUAAUGGGCAAUAACUUCCAAUAGACAUAUUUUUCUUCAGCUUUAUACUCAUUUUUAGUUAAGUGUUUGUGUUGCAUUUAAGGUUUAUGCUUUUUAGUUUUGUAUUUUUUUUUUCUCUUCCAAGCUACACAAACUUUUGACAAAGGAACGCAAUGAAUGAUGACAUGACUGCUAGCAGCAAAUAUCUCCAAUGGCUGAUGAUGGGACACUACAUAGAGAGGGCUCUGAGUUACUACAGAGAAUUCUUUCCCAGGUGUCUGGCUGGUGGGUCUUCCCCACAUGCU